GAAGGAAGUGGAGUUUGUGCGCAUGCGUGCGGUAGCGGUCAGCUGCCGUCCGCGUCGGCACAGCGCCCCCCUGGGCCCCGCCGUGCCGCGACACCGACAGGGCGCUGCGCUCGCAGGGAGGCAGCUCUGAGGGCAUCGCUACGAGCCGGGCAUCGUCCGUUACGAGUCCGUGCCGCCGGCGAUGGCAACGGGGCCAUGAGGAUCAACCAGAGCACCGCGCUGCAGGGCGGGAAGGUGACGCUGGUGCCGUACGGCCCGGCACACGUGGCCCGGUACCAUGAGUGGAUGCAGUCAGAGGAGCUGCAGCGCCUGACCGCCUCAGAACCACUGAGCCUGGAACAGGAGUACGAGAUGCAGCUCAGCUGGAGGGAUGAUGCAGACAAGUGCACCUUCAUCGUGCUGGACGCAGAGCGGUGGUCUGAGGAGGCGCGUGGGGAUGAGGAGUGCAUGGUGGGGGAUGUCAAUCUCUUCCUCACUGACGCUGAGGAUCCAACUUUGGGCGAGAUUGAAAUAAUGAUUGCAGAACCCAGCUAUCGUGGCAGAGGAUUUGGCAAGGAGGCGACUCUGAUGAUGAUGUCCUAUGGAGUGACAGACCUAGGCAUCACCAAAUUUGAGGCUAAGAUUGGUCAGGAAAAUGAAGCCAGCAUCUGCUUGUUCAAGAAGCUUCAUUUUAAGGAGGUUUCUGUGAACAGUGUUUUCCAAGAGGUGACACUGAGGCUGGAUGUCAGUGACCAAGAGAAACAGUGGCUCCUGGACCAGACAAAGCAUGUGAAGAAGAAAAGCUACAUUGAAGAGAAGCUGCCAGCUGAGGUGCAGGAAACGGACAGAGCCAGGUUUCAGGGAAAGGUUGGACCUUGUGAGGUCUGACUGUGAAUGACAGGGCUGCACUUGACUGUUUUGAUCUGUUUCCUUUGUCAUCUUGUCACUUUUCCACUUUGUUGCAACAGCUGAGAACGCUGCCUGAAGUUUGGACCUGGAGAACAGCCGCUAAUUCACAGACUGGAUUAGGAACAACUCCGUGACUUUAACAUUGGGAUCACCAGCAGUUAAUUGAUUCCUGGCACAACCAGUUUCUGGACAAGCAGCAACCCGUGUUCCCACUUCCUCUGCCCUCAGAGCAAGAUUUGUCACUGUUGCAGAGGAAGCCUGAGUGCUCAGGUAGCUCCAUCUGUCCUCUAUUAAAUAGUGAUUAAAAAAUAAAAAUCUCAGGUGCCUCUGAAA